CUGAAUCGCUGAGGCUUAGCCACUCAUAGAAUCACGAGGAUUAAAUGGCAGUCCCGCCCUUUCACUCAGUGUUGAUUGGAAGCGGAUUUCAUGCUAGGUAUCGUUUUGUUCCAACUUCCCAUCGGCCAACCUGAGUUGAUCUCAAGGCCAUCGGCCAUACCAUUGCAUGGUGCCGGCAUACAGGCAACGAUCUUCGCGCCAGGAUCUUUGGGCUUCAACGUAACCAUACGGCUUAUGGCUACAAGGGCAGUCGCCGAUUGCAGGGACGGCAGAUCAUCAACUGACCAGUGUGGACGUAUUCUACUGGUGUGAACGAACGAUCGAGUGGUGGUGAAAUGCCACCCUACCCAGGUAUCAACGCAUCAAAGGCGGCGGUACAUUGAUGAAAAGGUGAGGUGAGGGUUCGAUG